UUCAACCGAUUUCAUUUCGCGCCAAUAUUAUCGAACUGUCAAACAAAGUGGUGGUCGUGAUUGUUUGUUUCGGUAAAUAUUUCUCUGAAUUUCGUGCUAGUUAGUGUUUAAUUUACUUUAACUUGUAAAAAUGGCUAUGCGCGAUUAUGCUGCUGAUAAAGAAUCUUUCAAGAACUUCUUCAUAGACUUUUGCCAGACUGACGAUGAAGGAAACAAGAACUUUAAGUAUUCAGAGCAACUCACAAAGGUUGCGCACAGAGAACAGAAUGCUUUUGUGGUGGAGUUGGAUGACUUGCACGAGAGCCAUGAAGAGCUGGCGGAAGCUGUGAGACAGAACACGCGGCGCUACACCAACAUGGUGUCAGAUGUCGUGUAUGAGAUGCUGCCUGACUACAAACAUAGAGAGGUGGCUGCUAAAGAUGCCUUGGAUGUAUACAUAGAGCACAGGAUCAUGCUGGAGGCGAGGAACCACAGGAUCCCCGGAGAGAUGAGGGACCCUCGCAACAGAUACCCACCAGAACUCAUCAGGAGAUUUGAGGUGUACUUCAAAGACUUAUCUUCAUCAAAGUCCCUGCCCAUCAGAGAAGUAAAAGCUGAGCAUAUUGGCAAGUUGGUCACCAUUAGAGGCAUAGUAACCCGCUGCACAGAUGUAAAACCCCUCCUAGUAGUAGCAACCUACUCAUGCAGUGCCUGUGGUGCUGAAACAUACCAGCCCAUCCGCUCACUGCAGUUCACACCGCCGCCUUCAUGCACGGCUGAUGAGUGCAGGCUCAACAAGACUGCUGGACAAUUGCAUCUGCAGACCAGAGGCAGUCGCUUCCAGAAGUUCCAGGAGUUGAAGAUUCAGGAGCAUUCAGACCAAGUGCCAGUAGGGCACAUCCCACGCCAGCUCUCAGUGUACUGCCGCGGCGAGACCACCCGGCGGGCUCAGCCCGGCGACCACGUGGCCGUCACCGGGGUGUUCCUGCCGCUGCUGAGCGCUGGCUUCCGGCAGAUCGUGCAGGGCCUGCUGAGUGACACGUACCUGGAGGCUCAUUCAGUAAGCUGUCUCAACCAAGCGGACGAGAGCGAGCUGGCGGAAGCGCUGACGGAGGAGGAGCUAGCGGAGCUGGCGGACGAGGAUCUGUACUCGCGCAUGGCUCGCAGCCUGGCGCCCGAGAUAUAUGGACACGAAGACGUCAAGAAGGCGUUGUUGCUGCUGCUUGUUGGAGGCGUUGAUAAGCGUCCGAACGGCAUGAAGAUCCGCGGCAACAUCAACAUCUGCCUGAUGGGCGACCCGGGCGUGGCCAAGUCGCAGCUGCUCAACUACAUCGACCGCCUCGCGCCGCGCUCGCAGUACACCACCGGACGAGGAUCAUCCGGGGUUGGAUUAACGGCUGCUGUUAUGAAGGACCCGUUCACCGGCGAGAUGAUGUUAGAAGGCGGCGCCCUAGUGCUGGCCGACCAGGGCGUGUGCUGCAUCGACGAGUUCGACAAGAUGGCCGAGAACGACCGCACCGCCAUACACGAGGUCAUGGAGCAGCAGACCAUCAGCAUUGCUAAGGCUGGUAUUAUGACAUGCCUGAACGCCCGCGUGUCGAUCCUGGCGGCCGCCAACCCCGCGUACGGCCGCUACAACCCCAAGCGGACCAUCGAGCAGAACAUACAGCUACCUGCUGCAUUACUGUCCAGAUUUGACCUGCUGUGGCUUAUACAGGAUAAACCUAAUCGCGAAAAGGACUUGGAGCUGGCGAAGCACAUCGCGUACGUGCACCAGCACUCGACGCAGCCGCCGAGCGCCGUGCGGGCGCUGCCCAUGCGCCUCGUGCGGCGCUACGUCACCCUCACGCGCCGCAAGCACCCCGCCGUGCCGCAGCAGCUCACUGACUACAUCGUGUCGUCCUACGUGGAGCUGCGUCGUGAGGCCCGCAACGCUCGUGACGUCACGUUCACGUCAGCCAGGAAUCUACUCGCCAUCUUACGUCUGUCCACCGCUCUCGCACGACUGAGGUUAUCCGACGUGGUGGAAAAAGAGGAUGUAUCUGAAGCCAUCCGCCUGGUGGAGAUGUCCAAGCAGUCCUUAUCGCCUGUCGACGAGAAUGUACAGAGGGGUAUAAGCUCAACGGACCGCAUAUUCGCGAUUGUCCGCGACUUGGCGGGCUCCAGCCAGACCGUGAAGAUCGCCGAUGUCAUCGAGCGCUGCGUCGACAAGGGAUUCAAGCCUGAUCAGGUGGACGCAUGUAUCGAAGAGUACGAGAAUCUCAACGUGUGGCAAGUGAAUCAAGUCCGAACCAAGAUCACGUUCAUGUAAUAGCUGUAACCCACCGAUGUUUUGUACCUCUGCUAGUUGUAAGCGAACCAGUGUGCCUGUUGGAUUAGUUUGUAAGACUUCAUUGACUGCGAUUAUGUUUUUUAAUUAAUUAAUAAAGAAUAAACAUUAUUUUCUAAUA